AUGAUAUCAAUUGAGAACGUUAUGCAUCACCAACAACACCAAUCAACAGUUAAUGGAGGUACUGGACCUCCAAACGCCUCAAAUCAAAUUAUGAGUAAUGGAUCUCAAGAGCAUCCGGCGAUGAUUGGAAGAGGAAUAUCGAGCGAUCUCCCCACUGCUUAUGUGACGUCAACACCGCUUCCGUUGGCCAAAGCGCAACAACUUCAUCAAAUGCAGCAGAUGCACCAAGCACAUCUUCUUCAGAAUACACCACCUCACAUCCCUUACCAUCAUUAUACAUCUCAACCCGAUUUGAAUAUGAUGGAGAGUCAGCGUCCAGCGGAAUCUCCUGAGCAAGCCGAGGCCAGCAAGAACGCCAGAAUCGCCUCCUUAUUCGAAGAAAUCCGCCUGGAAGCUCAAAACUUCCCCCAGCAACCGGAAGUUAAAGAGGAAGCAAUAGACGACGAGGAUCAACCAACAGAGUUAGGACCACAAGAAGGACCACUUGGGGUUAUAAAAAAGAAGAUUCUUAAAAAACGCAAAAGCGACCUGGCGCUCGAAAUGACUGCUGAUGACGUCGAUGACAUUCUAGGCGAAUCCACGGCUAAUCCAUCAAACUUCAACCCUAAGAAUCCAUUCGGUGGACCAUCUCCAUCCGGUCUUUCCAACGGAUUUGCAGAUCUCGGAUCGCCCGGAUCAUCCUCUCUUAAGUCGUCUCCACCUCUCUCAAAGUAUGCUCAGAAUAACCAAGGGCAGCGUGGAUCACCACCUAAUCAAGGAUUUCCAACCAUGUCGCCGUAUAUGACUCCACAGAUGAAUAGUCCGUUGCAUCCACAACUUCAACAGCAGAAUUCGGCGACUAGUCCACCAGUGACAAUGCAUUCACCAGGGCAAGUUCCCGAAUUCAAACCAACUAUAAUCAACGGAGUUGUCAUGAAUCCAUUGGCUGGUCAUCCACCACUCAACCCAGUUCACCAUCAUCUUCCACAUCACACUCGCUUCCUCCAACACCAACAAUCGGCGCCGAAUCUUCGUCUUGGAACUCCAGAUGACAGUCAGAAGCCCCCAAUGCCAUUCCCAUACAAUAAUGGACAGAAUUUCGAUAUCACUUUGGUUCAGGAGUUUGAUAUGUGUGUGAGAAGUGUGAUGAUGGCUUCGAAUCGUGUCUAUUGCCGUCAUGUUUAUCGUCAAUUAACUGCUGAAGUUUCGGAAUUGUACGCCAGAGUUGCUAAGAAUCAAGUACCAAAGAAGGCGGUGAAAAAGAUUGUGGCUGCUAGACAACCAGCCACUCAUGGAGAGAGAAUUGAGCUCGAGAGACAGUUCAAAUGUCUCUCGGACGGUCUGGAAUCUCGUCAAUCUCCACAACUCUACGAAUCGAUUCUCAACUUUUUGUACAAGAUGCGAGUGGCCAUCCCAGAUGCCAAUCAAUAA